AUGCACUUACCUAUUUUUCUGCGACGUUCGAGAAAUUUUGCAAAAAAUGUGUCGAAUUUUGGGAGAGUUCAGACAUUUCAUACGGCAGUAGUUACACAAGUCAGCAAUGCUACAAAAGUAGCUCGAAAACGCCAAGAGAAGUUGGAUUCAGAGCAAGGUUCCGACAAACAACAUAUACGCCAAACAAAGAAGUCAAAAGAUGAUUUCAAUAUACGAAAUGAAAGCUAUAUACUAGCUCAGAAAGUUGCCAAGUUAACAAAAGGCGAACAGCCAAAAGCCGCACUAGAUUUACUUGUGAAAAAGUCAUUGGCACCAAAAACUGUCGCAUACAAUCACUUGUUGGGAUAUCAUUUGAGGAAGGGCGAAUACAACUCUGCUUGGUCCUUGUACAAUAUGAUGAAAAAGUCAAUGCAGAUGCCGAAUGAAUUUACUUACACAAUUCUGUUACAAGGACUAUACUCUAUACUGGUGAACGAUGAAGCUGCCAGUAAGAAGAAGCUAUCUGAAUUAAUAAAGAAAGUAUACGAAAAUCUUUAUCGAUCUAAUUCGACGGUAUCUCCAAACACGAUUCAUAUCAAUAUAUUGGCUCAAUGCUGUUUGAAACUUAAGGAUGUCGAGUUUGCAAACGAUAUCCUCUUGCAACCAAAAACAAAAUUGGAUUCCUCAAUUGCCUCAAAAGUUAUGUAUUUAUAUCUUGAUAUUGCUGAAAUGCAGCCUGAUCGGUUCGAGGAAAUGCACAAGUUUGCUCGCGAUUUGUGGGAGUUCACAGUCUCAAAAUAUAAAGAUAAUGAGUUUGUAAUCCAUGAAGACCUACUCUGCUCUUAUGCAAAAAUUUUGUGUACUGCUAAGCAUGAGAGCAACAAAUUUCUAGCCCUAAGAAUCCUACAACAACAGGUGGACGCGCCAAUGCAAUAUCCUAUUCAAGAACCUCAUCCUACAUUGCCUGGUCAAUGUUGUGAGGUCACCUCUCGAUCAUUAAUCACCGUACUUUUUAUUCUCAGACAAUUGCACGAUGUGUCUUCUGCUGAUUUUUACUGGGCAUUCUACAAAUCAAAAAUUCCUUGGCCUCCUGCGAUUCAGGCCUUCCAUGAACGUCUCCGACUUUACGUUGAAUUGAAACAAGUAGAAAAAAUACCGGUUUUGUUACGUGAAAUGAGAGAAAUAAAUCUUUUACCUACCGCUCAGACUAUGGCAAUUGCUAUGUCUUUGUGCCUUCAACAAAAAUAUUCAAAAUUCGCUCAAGACAUUUGGGAACUAGCUCCUCCGAACACUGAAAAAAUUAAAUGGGUAAAAGAUUUGGUCCCUUCUUAA